AUGUCACGUCAGAAAAGAGAAUGUAAACAGAAAGAGUUGUGUAAGUUGAUUGAACAGCACAAUGUGUUUGGAAGGAAGUGGAAUGUAAAAAUUGGUUUACCAGUAUACAAAGAUUUUGAACUGCUGCAAGUGGAGACCGUGCUGUAUGAAAUGCUGCAAGAAUAUUUGUUGAGGGAUGGAAUGUGUUUGCUAAACCUUCAGAGUGCAGUUAUUGCCAUUAUUCACCACAACAAUUAUUUUGCAGUGGUUGAUUUCGGAAAACGUAAUAUGUUUGGGUUGGCUUCUGAUACUGGCACGUCUGUGGUUGUUUUCAACACAUGUUUUAAUGAUCUUAUCGUUCAUAUCAUGAAUCUAAGGAAGUCUUUAGAUGCACAAUGGUAUGCCAUUAGUAGAAUUUCUGUAAAGACAUAUCACCAAGAUCAUGCUUGUGGUAGAGAGUUUCCAGACAACGAAAUUGACAUCAAAGGUGUUCAUGAGUUUGGCAAUAUAGGCACUGAAGUUGCAGCUGAGUUUGAGGAUAGUACUUCUGUUAGACUCGAAAACAGUGUAAGAGGAUCCUUUCAUCAGGGGAAUAACCAGUUUAAAUACAGAGGUGUCCAAUGUAUGGCAAUAGGUUUAGUAAGCCUGGCAAAACAUACAGUUGAUAGUGCAUUCUCGUGGCAGACCAAAGACCUUGACAGAGUUGUUGUUUUAGGUGACAAGUUGUACACAGCUUUGCGAGACACUAAUAAGAUUAAACACAAAUCCAAAUUGUUGGCCAUUCCUGAUUUGCCAAAAGAAUCAGUUAUUGAUGGAGAAAGUUUUUUGUUUGAAUAUGGUGAGUUUGUCAGUGGUAAUAUAGAUGUGGUUGAAGCUAAAGGGCUCAGUGUGAAUGAAAAACCUUUCGAAAUAACUGGUAUCUCUGCCACUAUUACAACUGUGAAACCUACACAGCACAAUGCAUCAGAAAUUAAAGAUGAGAAACGUACAACAAGUUUAACAUUAACAGAGAGCUGCAAAGACUCUGUCAAGACAUUUGAAUUUGAUUUUGAUAAGGAUACUUCAAAGGAUUUGCCAACCAAUAAUGAUGCAAGAAAUAAGCGUAAAAUUUCAGAAAAGAAAAAGUAUGCUUUUAAGUGGAAGUAUCAACAAGAUGAGUUGUAUAAGGAAACGAAAAAGGACAGCAGCAAAAAAAAGUAUCGAGAUAACCUUUUACACAAGAAAAAGGUAAAGGACAUGAGCAAAAUUAAGUAUCGAGAUAACCUUUUACACAAGAAAAAGGUAAAGGACAUGAGCAAAAUUAAGUAUCGAGAUAACCUUUUACACAAGAAAAAGGAUGUGGACUUUAAUGAAGUUUGGCUAAAUGAGUUUUGUAGGGAACAAGAUAAUGACAUUUUAGAAAAGGAGAGAGAUGGACAUGCAGAAACUGGUGAAGCAUCUGUAGAUGUUGGUGAAGAUGAACUUUUACAUGACAGACAGCAACAUUGCAUGUUUCAAGACACAUGUCUCAUGCCUGUUGACAUUGGCCAGGAAGCGUUAGAUCAGUAUUUUGAUGAUAUAAUGAAUUUGGCACCAGCCGAAGGGAAUAAUCCAGUCAAGUUGCUUUCUGAUUUAGCAAAUGAGGCAAAAUGCUUCCCAGUGUUAUUUCCACAGGGAUGUAAUACAUACCAUGAAUAUCGGGACAAACGUUUGACAUUGUCAAGGUAUUUUAACAAUCGAAUUUUACAUGCGGAUGGUAGGUUUGCACAAAAUGUUGAAUAUAUUUUUUUUGCUCAGUACAUGUCUGAAAUUGAACAGGUUGUGUCAAAUGUAUCAAUUGCAUUGCGCAAAGGAAAAAGUGGUUAUGUGUCUCAAAAAGUUAACGAUAAUGUAUUGAAAAAUGAAGAGUCUUUAAAGAGACUGCUGGAAUUUGACGAUGGAUUUCGAUUCCUUAAACCUAUUCGUGGUACCCCAGCUUUUUGGCAGACAGCACAACGUGACCUACUAGCUUGUGUACGUCAGCUUGGUAUCCCUACUUGGUUUUGUUCAUUUUCUUCUGCAGACAUGCGAUGGAAAAAUCUUCUUUUUAGUAUUCUGAAACAGGAAGGGAGAACACAGACAAUUGAAGAACUACAAUGGGCAGACAGGUGUGAGCUAUUGCGACGUAAUCCUGUCACUGCAGCGAGAAUGUUUGAUUUUAGGUGGCAUUGUUUUUUAAGAGAGGUACUUAUGUCUUCAUCCCAUCCAAUAGGUAAAAUUAAGGAUUAUUUUUAUCGUGUUGAAUUUCAGCAACGUGGUUCACCCCAUGUCCAUUGCUUGUUUUGGAUUGAGAAUGCUCCAGUAAUUGAUAAAAACACAGAUGAAGAGGUCAUUCAAUUUAUUGAUAAAUAUGUAACUUGUGAAUUACCAUUACAGGAUGAUUCAUUAUUGGACAUUGUUACAUCUGUGCAGAAGCAUUCAAAAAGACAUUCCAAAACUUGUAAAAAGAAAAAAACUGUUUGCCGUUUUAAUUUUCCCAGGCCAGUAUCUACUCAAACAUUUAUAUGUCGAGGUAAAAAUGAUACAACAAAACCAUGUAAGUGUCAGGUAGAUAAUAUGGAUAAUGUAACCAAAGAAUGUGCUUGUUUAAAUCAAGGUCUGACAGGUUUUAAAAUGAACAGGGAAAAAGCUGGUGAGAUUUUGUCAGCCAUGAAAAAGGCUCUUUCAGAUGAAAAUUGCAGUUAUAACAGUGUGGAACAUUUGUUUAAACAUUUAGGUAUAAAUCAAUCAAUGUUUGAGCUUGCAUAUAAAUCCUUUACUCGAAAUACGCAAGUUGUAUUGAAAAGACAGGUCAAUGAGGUUUGGGUCAAUCAAUAUAGCAAGCCGCUGUUAAAAUGCUGGAAUGCAAAUUUAGACAUCCAGUAUGUUGUUGAUGCAUAUGCAUGUGUGGUCUAUAUAAUUUCUUACAUAUCAAAGUCAGAAAGGGAGAUAGGAUUGUUGUUAAGUAAUGCACAAAGAGAAGCACGUAAAGAGGGAAAUGUUAGUGCAAAAGAGGCACUGAAAAAUCUAGGUAGUGUUUAUUUACAUAACAGAGAUGUAUGUGCUCAAGAAUCUGUGUAUAGGUUAACAAAUAUGCAUCUAAAGGAGUGUUCAAGAAAAGUUGUGUUUGUGCCAACAGGAGACAAUGUAAUCAAAAUGAGUCUACCUUUAAAUGUGUUAAGGCAAAAAGCAACAUCAAACAACCUUAGCACAGAAAACAUGUGGAUGACUAGUAUUGUAGAUCGCUAUAAAAACAGACCAAAUGAUUUAAGCGAUUUGUGUAUGGCAACAUUUGCAUCAGAAUAUCGUAUUUUAAGUAAAAAUGAAAAAUCUCAGAAUCCUCUUCAAUUAAAUAAUGGUUGUGGCUUUAUCACAAAAAGAACACGAACAAAACCAGCAGUUGUCCGUUAUGUGCGCUUUUCUGAGGAAAAAAAUCCAGAACAAUUUUAUCAAAGUAUUCUGCAGUUGUUUUUACCAUACCAUGUAGAUAUGCAGCUAAAACCUCCUAAUUGUGAAACAUUUGAACAGUUCUAUAAGAAUGGACAUGUGACAUUUAGUGAUGGCUCUAGACAUUCAGUCAAGUCAGUUGUUGAUUUAAAUAGAAGGAACUUUGAAAUGGAGGCAGAUGAAUUAGAUAAUAUCCAACAAGCAAUUGACAGUAAUGGUGCAAUAGAAGAUGGCUGGUGUGACCUGUGCCCAGAGCAGGAGUUAGAGCGUUUAAUUUGUGCAGAGGAAAUGAAAGAGAAUAAUCAGCAAGUGGAAGAACAAGAAAGAAAUAUUCCAGAUUUAACUGCAAGUAAUGAAAAAGUUGCACAUUUGGAGAAGAAAAAUAAUAUAAUGUGUAGAAGUGAUGGUCUGACCUUAAUAAGAUCUUUGAAUGAUACACAGUUAUCUAUUUUUUAUCAGAUUCGACAAUGGUGCUUAGAUAAGAUAAUGGGGAAAAAUCCAAGUCCAUUACAUAUAUUUAUUACUGGUGGUGCUGGAACAGGAAAAAGCCAUUUAAUAAAAGCUAUUCAAUAUGAAGCAAUGAGGUUACUAUCAACAGUGUGUCGUCAUCCUGACAAUACUUGUGUUUUAUUAGCUGCUCCAACAGGAAUCGCAGCAUACAAUCUGAAUUCAAGAACUCUCCAUAACACACUCAGCAUUGGAAAAGAUGUUCGCUUACCAUAUAUACCUUUGGGUGAAGAAAAGCUCAAUUGUUUGCGAGCUAAAUAUAUUGAUCUGCAAAUUUUUAUAAUUGAUGAAAUAUCCAUGGUUGAUCACAAUCUAUUUGCAUAUAUUCAUGGUAGGCUAAGACAGAUUAAACAAACUGGUGACUUUUCUCCCUUCGGAAAUGUAAGUAUAAUUGCUGUUGGAGAUUUCUUUCAGUUGCCUCCAGUUAAAGGGAAACCCCUGUAUGUUGAUGACGUACUAGGUAUUAACCUAUGGUCUAAACUGUUUUCAGUUGUUGAAUUAAAAACCAUAGUUAGGCAAAAAGACAAUCAAUUUGCAGAGUUACUAAAUAGACUACGGAUUCGUACAAAACUGACCCCAAUAUUAAACAGUGACAUAGAUUUAUUAAAAAAAUGUGAAACCGGUGAAGUCAGCUCAGCUUUACAUAUAUUUCCCACUAACAGACAAGUAAAUGAGCAUAAUGUGCAGCAACUAAUUAAAAUUUGCCCUGAAUAUGUUGAGAUAAAUGCUCAAGAUUUUGUAAAUAAUAACAAGACAGGAAAACUUGAAUUGAAAAGUGGUCAUCAUGCAAAAACAUAUAAUACUUGUCUAGAUGAAACACUGCUCUUAGGGAAAGGUGCUCGUGUAAUGUUGUGUAAAAAUGUAGACGUAAUGGAUGGCCUGGUUAAUGGGGUGUGUGGCACAGUAACGCACAUAGUUUUUCUUAACAAUGAACACAAGUUCCCUCAAACCAUAUAUGUCAAAUUUGAUGACAAUCAGGUUGGUGCACAAAGAAGAAAAUGUUGUGCAUAUGCUUCAUCAGUUGAAAUGGGUUCUACAGGUAUCAAACCAGAAGAGGAAAAAGUUAAUAAUAAAGGGGGGUUGCGACGACAAUUUCCACUAAAACUUGCUUGGGCUUGUACAGUACAUAAAGUACAAGGAAUAACCGUUGAUAAAGCAGUAAUUUCCCUAAAAAAGAUAUUUGCACCUGGACAGGCAUAUGUGGCUUUAAGCCGUGUUAAAAGUUUGUCUGGUUUGAUUAUUCAAGACUUUGAAGAGAAGGCUAUAUAUUGUAAAGACAGCAUUAGUAAUGCAACUCAAAGCAUGCCCAGAUUUUUUGUUAGAAAUUUACCAGACUACAAAGUGAAUACACAAACAUUUAGUGUAUUUUUGAUGAAUGUGCAAAAUUUAACACACCAUUUAGCAGACUUGGUUUUGCAUACUGACCAUUUGCAGCCUAACUGCAUUGCUGUCACUGAAACAUGGUUGCCUGCAGAUAUCUCAUUAGAAACAAUACAUAUUGAUGGAUAUAGUUUUCAUAGUCAACCACGAAGUUUAUCUUACAGUACUAGUAACCCAACAUUAACUGAAUUACAAGCUCAACAACAUGGUGGUGUUGGCAUGUAUAGUUCAAACAGUUUGGCAUAUAAUGUUGUCGAGGUACCAAAUGUCAAUAUAGAAUGUUUAGUUUGCAAUUACACAGAACACAAUAUAUUAAUAGCAGUUAUUUAUCGGCCACCUUCAUAUCCUAUUUCUUUGUUUAAAGGAAAUCUAGACAAACUGUUUAAUUUUCUAGAACCCUUAAGUAAUACAAUUGCUGUCAUUGGAGAUUUCAAUGAUAAUAUUUUAAACUCUUCAACAAUCUGCAAUUUUAUAACAAACAGAGGCUUUGUUCAACAUGUCACACAAACCACAACAGAAAAGGGCACAUUAAUCGAUCAUGUAUAUGUAAAAACAACCCAUUAUACCAUGAAAUCAACAGUGAUUCCAACGUAUUUCAGUGACCAUGAGGGUAUAUUAUGUUCUUUUACAUGCAAUACUAUUAACACUAAUGAGGAGGCAUUUGGCCAGUUGUAG